AUGCUUAAACUUCACGUUGGCUUAGUGCUUCUGUGCAUCCUGUACAUUGUGGCUGGAUCGGCUAUAUUUUACCACAUUGAAAAACCGGAAGAAAUAUUAAGGCGAGAACAGGCGUUGAUGGAGCUUAGCGAUCACAGAGAAAUGUUGUUGAAGACAGCAAAAAUUCUUAUUGAUUCUGAUGAAGGUCUGUUAUAUUAUUUUUUUUACAUUUGUUGCAAUAAUUACUCUUUGGACAAAUACGAAAGUUCAAUAUUUCAAAUAUUUGAAUAUCCAGUUGCAAUGACCAUAUUUGAGGCUAACGAAACACCAGAACUCUGGACUGUAUCAUCGUCAAUCCUGUUCACUGCUACUACAGUGAUACCAAUUGGUUUUGGAAUUGUUACACCAAUUACCAAAAUUGGACGUUUGUUUUUAAUUGGUUUUGCAGUUACUGGUAUUCCACUCGCAGUAGCAACUCUAGCUGAUCUUGGAAAAUUUGUAUGCCACUAUCUAUGUAAACAGAUCAAAGAUCAAUCAGUGUUACCACCAACAAUUGUUUUUACAUCUUUUCUCGUAUAUCCAACAAUCGGUGGAAUUCUGAUUAGCUGCAUAACUACGUUGGAUUUCUUUGACAGCUUAUACUAUUGUAUCAUGACAAUUCUGAUGAUUGGUUACGGAGAUUUCAGUCCGUCUAUACCGCUAAUUAUGUUAUUAGUUUUUAUCGUUAUCGGGGUAAUCCUAGUUACGGUCUCUAUUGAUGCCGUUGGUGCUGAUAUCAUAAAUCACAUCCAUUUCAUGGGUAGACAAGUUAGCAAAGCGAAAUCGAUUGCAGAAAAAGUCUAUCUUGUUCGUGUUUGCUUCAUUUCGACUAGUAUAGAUAUUUGGUAA